CAUCCCUAAAUAUUCCUAAAAUAUAAGGUGUAGUACACCUGGUGUACCCAAAAGAAAACAAUUACGCUUACUGAUUAAUAGUUUAUUUGAUUGCCGAACUUAAAGUGGCCGACUGAUUUUCGACGUAUAAGCGCCCGUAUGGGUAAUCCGAGCGGGUCAGAGUAAUUGCAGCGCAUUCGUGGGUGUACACAAAGGAGACGUACAUAUAAAGAAUAACAAUGGCAGACAAAUAUGCUUCAGACUUGGCUCUUGUUGUUAUUGCGCAGAUAACACAAACUAUAGGUUACAGCUGCACACUGAGUGCCCCAUUAGAGUUGUUGCAAGACAUAAUGCAGAAGUUUACGCAGGAGUUUGCCCGAGAUCUGCACUGUAAUAUGGAACAUGCAAAUCGGAUCGAGCCCAGUCUUAGAGAUGCACAGCUCAGUAUGAAAAAUCUUAACAUUAAUAUUCAAGAACUGUUGGAUUACAUUGGGAAUGUGGAGCCUGUCGGUUUCACCAGGGAUGUGCCCCAUUUUCCCAUCAGAAAAGCUAUAAAUAUGAACUUUCUCAAGCCUGGAAGCGCAGAAACUCUGACACGUCCCGUCUAUAUAUUUGAGUAUUUGCCGCCAAUGCAAGACCCUGAGCCGCGGGAGAGUCAGAGCGAGGCUCAAAGGGAAUUUUUUCAAAAACAAGAAUUAGUGUCCAAGGCAGAGUUCAAUGUGACAAGUUCGGCGGAAAAACUAAGCACCAAUCAAGUCGAUUCCUCUUCUCCCAACGCGGUGAUAAACUUUUCAUCGAAUUUCUUAGACUCGGAUGUUGGUCGUUCAGUCCGUGAAAUGAGCAGCGUUGUUAUGACUACAGGCGGAUUUAUUAGUCCAGCCAUCGAAGGAAAACUGCCAGAGCCCUUUAUACCGGAUAUAAUUGAAAAAUUUAAAGGUUUAGACGCACCGCCUCCGUCGUUGAUAGCUGUCAGCCAUUUGGAACAUUCUGAAAAAGAAUUGAUUACAUCUGAAAAAGACGCAGUAAACACACGAACAAUAAAUUCAGAAACUAAAAACUUCAAUCACAAUGCUGUAUUAUUGAUAAGUGAUAGCGCAGAUGCAUCGUUGUUAUAUUCUUCGAAUAGCCUUCCGAUGUCAUCCGCUUUGACUGCUACAAUAUCAAAGAAGAACAGAAAACCGAAACCGGACCUAGCAAUCGAACAUGGUCAAAUCGUUAAAUCAAAUAUCUCUUUCGGAAAGUCUCAAGAAAAGUCCCAGCGAAAAGCUUUAAAAAUGUUUCAAAAACUUUCGAAGAGCCAAAAUGACGCUUCAAAUAGUCAAAUUCUGAACAUGAAAAAGUCUAAGAAGCGAGUCAAUCAUGGAAACAGCUUAUCUGAUCCAAGUAAAGUAAAUAUAGAAAAGAUGUUCAAAAAGCAGAAUAGGCAUAAGCAAAAGAGUGUUCAACUUGAAACUCAAACUUUGAGCGACUUUCCCAUUGAAGCGGACAUGAAUACAGAAAAUUUUAUCGCAGCUGAUAUCCCUUGUGCGGAACCUGUAGUGUUAAAGCAGAUUGAGAUUGGAUCCCAAAGUUCUGUUUUUCCAGUACAACCAGGAGGAAUACAACAAACACAAGUAUCAUUGCAGUCAAAAAAAAAUGCAUCAGAACCGGAACGAAGUAAGCUGGAUAUAUUUAAAAAAAUUUCUAAGCCGCGCACUCCCCGUCAGGAUGGUGGAGCAACUCAGGUACCUCCUGGAAUAGGCGUACGUGUAUUUGGAAGUACCAUGCCUGUUUCGACGUUAAUUAGUCUUCCAUCUGGGACUACUAUAACACCUACACCCCCAGUAGGCCAGACUCCGGAGGACGCAAAUAAUCCUAAUUCGAAAAUUAACCAAUAUGGUGUAUUGGGCCAAAAGCUAUCUUCUCCUAAAGAUGACAUAGAAAUGUCAACUAUUAAUCCCAUAAAGGCAAAGAAGCGGGGCCGAAAACCUGGAGGAAAAAAUUUGGUAAAACAAACUCAUUUUACAUCACAUUCCCUUAUUGAAUCGUCUAAAAAGGAAAAGUCAACGCGUGUAGGUGCUUUUAAGCUAGCGUCAUCUGAGACGCUGGUAUCACAAAAUUCCUUAAGCGUAUCUAUGCCAACAGAGCCUCUGAACCUCAGCAGCACAGAUCAGGCUUCAAUCGAAUAUUUACCAAACUUUCACGCAAAAAAGGAAAGAAAAAAGUACAAACUAAAAUUUGACACGGGCUUACCACAAAAUGUAAAGGACUUCAACAACGUAUUUUCUGAAACAACAUCCUCAACCGUAACUAGUUCAAUUCAUCUUAUGAAACAAAAAAACGAAGCGCCCUGUCCGGAUUCAUUAAUGACAGCUCCCAACACUUUGUCUAAUACAUCAUUAUAUCCUGGAAACCAGACAGGAAUGGUUCCAUUGCUUCCACUAUUGCACUUUCCACCGCGACCGGGAUUGAUUCCUUCUGGACCUGGACUUUUUCCUGCAGUAACAGGUCUGGUCGGCUUUGGAAAUAAUAAUAACACAGUCGGUAUUGCACCAUUCAUAGCAUUUCCUGGUACAGAAGGAUCUGUUGCUGACACCGUUAGAUGCCCACCAAUUAAAGAUUCUGCUGAUACUGGGAAUGAUCAACUCCUAAGAAGAUCCGGACAGAUGGACUUACAGAUUGAUAGAAACUAUUGCAAUGUUGCUCCGUUGGUGCCAGACUCAAUGAAAUUUUCUGAGUGUAAACCAGUAUCUUGCGGUAAUACUGACAUGGAAAAUACAUUUACACCUUCCAAAUUUAAGGCAAAGCCAUCAGUGCAGGCUUCUGGAAAUCUUGGAGAUCCGAUUGAGGUAUCCGAUGACUCAGACGAAUCAAUACAAAACAGACAAAUUGUUCAAAAAAAAUCUCCAUUAACUUCUCCAAACCACGCUAAAUCAAGCUUAGUACAAUCACAGCACCAAACGUUUGCAACUCCAUCACCAUUAUGCGAAGACAAGAACCAAAUGGACUUAAGGAAUGUUUUGCCGAAUACAAGCCCAAGUGAAUCAAUUAAGAAGUUGAAGAAGUCAGUUAAACUGAACCUUCCCGAUGUAAAAAACUUUAUUCAGAUAGCUCCUUCUCAGUCGUCAUUUCCGCAAUUCAACUUGCCAAAUUUUAUAGGAGGUGAUAAGUUCAGUUUGGCCGGUGGAGCUGAUCUUAUUCCUUUGGCAAGAAUAGAUUGCGGGUCGGCAUAUUCAUCCCAUAAGGUGCCAUCUAGCAGCUUAACAGGGGGAGUGGCUUCAGGCGUAAUCCCUAUUUUACCAAAUCACAUAUCUGAGGACCAGCAGUUUAUGCCUACAUUUCCAAACUACGAGGAUAUUAGCAUUACUCCGACCGGAGCGUUGUCACUAGAUCCCAAAGUGCGCAAACACCAUAAAAAGCCUAAAAAGAUUAAAGAAGGAAAAAUUAAAAAAAAAAAGGAUAAAAAGGAUAAAUCAAAGAGAAAAGAUCGAGUUGCCUUAGCGUCUAAUAAAAGUGACCGAAAAAUAAAAGGGCUUGACAAAAAGCAAAAAAAGGAAAAAAAGAAGGACAAGGAAAAACAGAUUUUAAUCCAAAUUCCGGAAGUCGACGAAUUUUCUAGGGCACCUUUUAUUAACAACUUAGAUUAUGGCUUCACUCAAAGUGUACCCGCGAGUACACCUGUAUUGAAAACCAGUCCAAUGUCAGUAAAACCGCCACUAUCGGCCACUUGUGCGAUGUCUCCAAAAAUACAGCAGUCUCCAAGUCAAAUACCAAAACUAACACUGAAACUAAGUGGCAAGUCCACAACGUGUCCUGAAAAAGAGAAAGACACAACGGAUGCUGUCAAGGUGUCACAGCCAACUAUGUUUCCAGUAGAAAAUAAAGAGCGUGAGCGAGAUAAUUCCCCGGAACUAGCCCGGUUCUCUCCACUGGUUACCGGGCCACCGAAGAACAAACAAUCUGAUACACAUUUAUUAGGCAUAUCAAGUGCAGGACCCCUUUUAAACAUAUGUUCCGGUAACUCUAUGAAAGUAAUACAGGAACCUUUCCCAAUGGCUACGCGAACUUCACAGAUAUCCACAAGUCAAAACUCGUCCAGCUCAGCCGGUUGGAUGUCGAACCCUAGUAACAGUAAUGUUGCGUCGUCAACGCUUUCGGCUAGCUCAGUUUUGUUACCACAGCAAUUGAUGUUGACAUCUAAUACGACCAUGAAUAACUCACUCUCAUCAGGAGGUCCAAAAUCUUGCUCGCUUAGUUCACCAGCAAAUGUUCCAGAAGAGAAUUCACAUAUUGCAGAAACAAAUCGUCCAUCGUCAUACGUCGACGCCGAGGGUAACCGUAUAUGGAUUUGUCCGGCUUGUGGGAAGGUAGACGACGGUUCUGCUAUGAUUGGAUGUGAUGGCUGUGAUGCGUGGUAUCAUUGGAUUUGUGUGGGCAUUACUUUUGCUCCUAAGGACAACGACGAUUGGUUCUGUCGCGUCUGUGUGACAAAAAAAAGAGUUCAUGUGUCUGAGAAAAAAAAAAGGAGAAAUAAGAAAAAGUAAUUUAUUUUUAUUUGACAACUUUAUUUAGUUAGACAGAAAUUCCAUCCUUUGGCCACGCCUGACAGCAUUUUGUUUCGAUAUAUAAGGCUUUACUAAGUAUAACCUAUUUGAUUAAGUGAGAAAAGGAAAAAAAGGUAACUUCGGCAAGCCGAAAUGUAUAUACCCUUGCAGUUAUAAGAAAUAAUCAACAUUAGUAACUCCAUUUUAUAUUUUUAAGGAUUGUUGCUAUCUUCAGUAAUAUUAAAAAAUAUAUAUAUUUCAUUAUUUCUCUGACCGUUUCUUUGACAGCUAUAUGUUAGAGUCGUCCAAUUUUUAUUAAAAUUAAUUUCUUAAAAAAAUAAAAUAUAUUCCCAAUAUUAUAAUUAAUAAUAAUAAUUAAUUUUAUUUUCCCACAAACUUUCCUAUAGUUCCUCUGGUAGCUGUAUGAUAUAGUAGUCCGAUUUAGAUCAAAUUUAAAUCGAAAUUGAUAACUCAUUAAAAAAAGUUAUUCUCAAGCGUAGUAUAUGUUAAAAACACCAAAGACAUAAUUUUUUCAUAUUAUUUUCCGAUCGUUUUUAUAGCAGAUAUAUGAUAUAGUCGUCCGAUUUUGAUAACAUUUAAUUCAAAAUACAGAACUAUUUAAAGAAUUAUAUUUCCAAGCGUAGGAGGUUAUAUAUUAAAAAGCAUUGAAGACAUAAUAGCUUUAAAACUGAGAUACUUGCUUACGUAGAAACGGACGGAUAGACGGACAUGGCUAGAUCGACUUGUCUAGGGAUGCUGAUCAAGAUAUACAUAUUCUUGAUACUUUAUGUGGUCGGAAACGUCUCCUUUACUGCGUUGCAAACUUCUGACUGAAAUCAUUAUACUCUCUGCAAGGGUAUAAAAAUUCCAAUUUUUAUUCGCAUAUUCGAUCCAAAACUGUUUGAACAACUUACAUACUUUUUACAUAGACAUUUAGAUUCAAGUGUCAUCUACAUAUAUGGUCGUUAAAAAUCUUAAUUGACCGACUCCAUACUUAGAAAAAUCAAAUUUAUCGAAAUAAAAUACUGUCAUGGCCUAAACAACAAAAUGAUAAAAAUUCUGUCGGGCUAGUCAAAUACAGGGGUGUCACAGAAAUAUUUAACCAAAUAUCGGUUUUACACAAACCCAUUCAAAAAUAUGUAGAUGAAUCAAACCCAACAUUAUUGUUGGUGGCUUUAAAAAUGUCGAAAUUUAUUCUGACACUACGGUUUUGGUUUUAGAAACAACCAUCUUCAAUUCCACUCCUGGUCUGUGUGCAGUUUUUUCAUGGUUAUCCAGACGUACAGGGCAUGGCUUGGUCAUAAUAACAAGUUAUUUUCUUAAUAAAAAUUAUAACCUAUA